AGGACAAUCAAUGAAAUCAUUUCUUCUCAUUCAAGUUUUCUAGAAUCUUCUCUUCAAUGGUUUCUUUUCAAUUCCGUGAUGGUAUCAGAGCAGCGAUGGAGAUCGAGAUUACGCGAAUCAAUUCUCUUCUAAUCCAUUUCUGAUUCCUAUUGAUUUUACGAGUCCGUUGUUCUUCUCUUCAAUAAUCCUUGUUCAAUUUUUUUUUUCAAAUUCUUUUUCGUUCAAUUUUCGCUGAGAAUGGGCAGCACAACAGAAACGAUUUCUUCUCCAUCAAACGUGACUUCUCCAGCUAGUGCUAUGGAUUAUUCUAAUCCAUACUUUCUGAGUUCGACUGAUCACUCUGGUUUGACCAUUGUAUCUCAAGUUUUUGAUGGUUCCCGCUAUGGAGCUUGGAGGAGAAGUGUGCUGAUAGUUUUAUCUGUGAGGAACAAAUUAGGUUUCAUAAACGGUUGUAUCAAAAUACCAGAUGAGAAAUCAGCUCAGUUUUAGAACUGAAAUCGGUGCAACGAUAUUGUAAUCCAAUGGCUUCUUAACUCCUUAAGCAAAGAUAUAGGUGACAGUGUUUUGUACUCUUCUACAGAAAAGGAACUUUGGGAAGAACUAGAGACAAGGUAUGGACAGUCAAACGGAACUCAAUUAUUUCAAUUGCAAAAAGAACUUAGUAGUAUUACGCAAGGAACUUAUGAUAUAGCCACGUACUUUACUAGAAUCAAACGAAUUUGGGACGAAUUGAAGUUUCUUAACAUUUUCGAAAUUUGUGGAUGUGAGUGUAAAUGUGGAGCUAAGACAAGGAAUUUGAAGGCGACGGAAAAUCAGAAGCUAAUUCAGUUGUUGAUGGGAUUAAAUGAGGCUUAUACAUCUAUUAGAGGAAACAUUCUUAUGAUGAAGCUUUUGCCCACUCCGAAUGAGGCUUACUAUAUUCUGUUGCAUGAAGAAAAGCAACGUGAAGUUCAUGCUUCUAUAUAGUUUUCAGGAAAAACCUCUUCAUUCAAUGCAGCAGGUACAAAGUUUCAAAAUGCAAAGUGGGAAAAUAGAGGUAAUGUCCAGAAAGGCAAUUUUGAGAAUUGUAAAGGUGGAAUGUUUUGCAAUUAUUGUAAGAAAUCAGGAUAUUUGAUUGAAAAGUGUUACAAGUUGCACGGAUUUCCUCCCUCUUUCAAGUUCACUAAGCAGAAGAGGACUUAUGGAAAUGCACAAGGGAGUGCAAAUACAGCAUUUGAAAUUGAAGAAGGAGGUUCUUUUGAGACUAACCUGGCUGUGAAUACCAUGAGUAUAGUGCAAGGCUUCUCAAAGGAGCAGUGUGAUAAACUGAUUCAUUUACUUCAAAAUCUUCAUGCAGGUCAAGGAGUUUCUUCGGAUUUUGAGGCUAAUGUGACUGCUAACAUGGCUGGGCAAAGGCUUCUUUCUAGGAGGGAGCUCAACCAAAUCCCAAGUUCUAUUAGUCUCUAGAGCUUCGAAUUCUUUGGCCAUUGCAUCCUGCCAACCUGGAUGCCAACCUGGAUGGAGAGCUGUCUGAUGGUACGUGGAAGGUUCUUGAGAAGCAGGAACAUGCACACAGACAGCUGUACAGGAGCACAUGUGUAUUUAAUUAUACUAGUCUAUAUUUUUGUUACAGCUAGGCCAAUAGGAGUUUGACACGUAGCACUAGCAAUAUACAUUUUUACUUCUUAGUUGAGCUAUAUAUAUAUAUACACAAUACAUUGUAGCAGCAGGACAAUCAAUGAAAUCAUUUCUUCUCAUUCUGAGUUUUCUAGAAUCUUCUCUUCAAUGGUUUCUUUUCAAUUCCGUGAGUCUGCAUGUUCUGGUUCAAGGUUUUUGCUCUGUGCAGAUUGGAACUGCCAAAAUUGUUUUGCAUAUAGACAAGUGAUGAUGAGAAAAAAUGAUGCUAUAAAUUUGUUUCGGGCCAACCUUGUGUUGCGUUUCUUUAGUAUAAUUAUUAUUUUAUUUUUUGGCAGGUGAUAAUAGAACUCUUGAUUCUGAUGUUGAUGUGAAAGCUAUGCAGUGAGCUUGCCAUCUCUUUAAGCUCUUCUCAGUCUUCUAUUCUGGUAUAGUUAUUGAAUAGUAGUGUUAUUAACUUGUGUUAUCACUACGACAUGAAAAAGUGUUGGUAUGUGUCGUCUACUCUCGUAGUUUAAAGAAGGGUUCUUUGUGUUAUUACUGAGACAAGGAAAAAAGUGUUGUGAUAUCAUGCUUCUUGUUAUAUUUGAUGAUGAAUGAAGAUGCUUUAUUCUA